AUGGCUGAGGAUAACAAUAACAAUGGCAAUAAUGCCAUUAAUCUGGUUCCCGAAGCAAAUAGAGCACUACGAGAUUAUGUUGUUCCUCUUUUGCAAGGUUUGCACCAAAGCAUUAGAAGACCUUCCAUCAAUGCAAAUAAUUUUGAAAUUAAACUAGCUUACAUUCAGAUCAUUCAGUCUUUAGUCCAGUUUGGUGGGUUACUCAGUGUUGAUCCCAAUUCUCAUUUAGAAAAUUUUUUGGAGAUUUGUUAUACCUUUAAAUACAAUGGAGUAACUGAUGAUAUUAUUAGAUUGAGACUGUUUCCAUUUUCUCUGAGGGAUAAAGCAAAGAGCUGGCUUAAUUCACUACCCAAUAAGUCUAUCACUACAUGGGAAGACUUAGCACAAAAGUUUUUAGCAAAAUUUUUGUCACCUGCCAAGACUGCAAAGAUGAGAAACUAUAUCACCUCAUUCACACAAUUUGAUGAAGAGAUGGCUUCGAAUAAUUAUCAAUGGCCUUCAGAAAGAUCAGGUUCGAGAAAAGCUGUUGGAGCUUAUGAAAUUGAGGCACUUGGCAACUUAACUGCUCAAAUAGCUACGCAAGUAGCUACACUGUCCAAGAAGUUUGACACACUAGGAGUUCAUGCAAUUCAAAAUUCAUUUGUAGUUUAUGAGAUGUAUGGAGAUGGCCAUUCAAAUGAUCAAUGUCCAUACAACUCUAAACCAGUCCAGUUUGUGGGGAACUUCAAUAGACAGUAG